UCCCCUUCUUCCUCCUCCAACUUCAAACUACCCACUCUUCUCUGCUGCCUGCCUGCCUUACUGCAUCUCUAAUUGUAAUAUUAAUAGUAUUUCUUAAUUCCAUGGUGGCUGCUGCUGCUUCUUCUUCUUCUUUGGCAUACGCACAGUCCUCUUCAUGGCCGGGGGCCCAGCCAUUCUCUUCUCCUUCCUCCUCCCAACUGGGCUUCCCUUCAAAAUCCACCUCCAUUUCCAUCAGGAAGCCCACCAGGAGACCUCAAAUCCAAUGCGUCCUGCAGACGCCGGCGGUUUUCAAUCACCCUUUCCCAUCGCCGCCGCCGGAGGAUCAGCUUCAGGUUCCGCCGCCGCCACCGCCACCGCCGCGCUGGAACUUCUUCCAGAGGGCCGCAGCGAAGACGCUCGACGCUGUCGAAGGCGCGUUGGUUUCACGCGAGAAGGUACACCCCCUCCCGAAAACCACCGACCCACGUGUCCAAAUCGCCGGGAAUUUCGCUCCGGUGCCGGAGCAGCCGGUGCGGUGCAACCUAGAGGUCAGCGGCGAUAUCCCGGACUGCAUUAACGGCGUCUACGUCAGAAACGGCGCGAACCCUCUCCACGAGCCGGUUGGGGGCCACCACCUGUUUGACGGUGACGGCAUGAUCCACGCCGUCAGUUUUAACGGCGGGAAUUCCGCAACCUACGCUUGUCGUUUCACGGAGACGCAGAGGCUCAUCCAGGAGCGCAAUUUGGGCAGACCCAUCUUCCCCAAAGCCAUCGGAGAGCUCCACGGCCACCUCGGCAUCGCCCGCCUCCUCCUCUUCUACGCCCGCGGCCUCUUCGGCCUCGUCGAUCACACCCAGGGAACCGGCGUCGCCAACGCCGGCCUCGUCUACUUCAACCGCCGCCUGCUCGCCAUGUCCGAAGACGAUAUUCCUUACCAGGUCAGAAUAAAUCCCUCCGGCGACCUCGAAACCGUCGGGAGAUACGACUUCGAGGAGCAAUUGAAGAGCACGAUGAUUGCCCACCCCAAAAUCGAUCCCGUCUCAAAAGAGCUCUUCGCCCUCAGCUACGACGUUGUCCAGAAGCCAUACCUCAAAUACUUCAAAUUCUCCGCCGCCGACGGCAAAAAAUCGCCGGACGUCGAAAUCCCCCUGGACGUGCCGACGAUGAUGCACGACUUCGCCAUCACAGAGAAUUUCGUGGUAAUCCCUGAUCAGCAAGUGGUGUUCAAGCUUCAGGAAAUGGUUACCGGGGGGUCGCCCGUGGUAUACGACAAGAACAAGAAAUCGAGGUUUGGAAUCUUGCCCAAGAACGCUCCAAACGCCAGAGAUAUUAUAUGGGUGGAGUGCGAGGACACUUUCUGCUUCCACUUGUGGAAUUCUUGGGAGGAACCCGACACCGACGAGGUUGUUGUCAUCGGGUCAUGCAUGACUCCACCCGACUCCAUUUUCAACGAAUGCGAUGACAACCUCAAGAGCGUCCUCUCCGAAAUCCGGCUCAAUCUCAAAACCGGGCAGUCCAAGAAGCGGCCGAUCAUCCACCCCUCGGAACAGAUCAAUCUCGAGGCCGGGAUGGUGAACCGCAACCGGCUCGGUCGGAAAACCCGGUUCGCGUACCUGGCAAUUGCAGAGCCGUGGCCUAAAGUCUCCGGCUUCGCAAAGGUGGACCUCUCCACCGGCCACGUGGACAAAUUCAUCUACGGCGACCGGAGAUACGGCGGGGAGCCGUUUUUCGUUCCACGGGACGGGAAUUCCGACAGAGAAGACGAUGGGUACAUUCUGGCGUUCGUACACGACGAGUCGACGGAGAAAUCAGAGCUGCUGAUCGUAAAUGCGAUGACGCUGAAAGUUGAGGCCACUGUGAAACUCCCGUCGAGAGUGCCGUACGGAUUCCAUGGAACUUUCAUUGCCUCCGACGACCUGCAAAAUCAGGCCUGAAAUAACCAAUUAAUUAAUUAAUUAAUUGUAAUUGAUCAUGUCUAUACAUUAAUUACAUAUAUGCAUAUAUAGAGAGAUUAGAUACAUAGAUACAUACAGGGUAGGUAGUUAGGUUGAGGAUGAUGUGCCUGAGGGAGACUGGUAGAGUUAGAGCACCAUCGUCGUCCCCGACUCUCCUCUGCUUUCGAUUUUGUUUAUGUUUUAAUCGUUUCAUUAAGGAACCAAGCUUGUAGCUUUAGUUUA